GGGAGAGAAAAGGGAGGUCCCCCCGCCCGUUCCCCCCGCCUAUCGUGGGAGGAGACCGAUGGCGGAUGGCUGCGGCCCGGCCUGGCUGGGGGCAGCGGCGAGGGGGGCUCCGCGGAGCCUCUGUGCCCUCGCGGGGGGCUCGGCGGCUGCUGGCCGCCCUCCUCAUGGCGCUGCUCCCCGCUCGGCCCCUCGGAGCGGCCGCCCGGCGCCCCCCGGCCGGCCCGCCCCGGGAGCCCUGCGGGAGGACGGCGGCUGGGGUUAUUAUAGAUGAUCUGUGGCUACAAAAUGAGACUGAAUGCGUGGCAAUGGCAGCACUGCAAUUACCUCUGGUAAUUCAAGCAAGUGAAGUCCAUGACCUGCUCUUGACUUCUGCAGCCUCAGACGAUCAGUGGAGCCAUUCAGUAUUUGCUUUGAUACCUUCAUGGACAAAGAAGAUUUUGUUUAAACGAGAGUCUUCUGUUAACCAUCAGCUGCCUGAAGAUGCGUCCUCUGGAUUUGGAAUAACCCUUCAGAAAUGUGCUGUGGUGGAUGUUGAACAUGAUCCUCAAACUGCCUAUGUUAGACUUCUGAUUAAUAACACCAACACGCUGCUCUCAAGAAACAUUACCGAUCUUAUCCUCCUGGACAAUAUCACCGGUCUACAUGUUCAAAAAAACAGUGGUAAUAAGACAACAGAUGGUGUACAGAUUUACAGGAAAAGAUUCUUGCAAGUUGGAGAAUACUUUGCAAUCAACUACACUGCACUUCUUGAUGCAAAGGAAACAUGGAAUGGCAGGGUCUUGACAUUGCCUGCAAAGUUAACUUUCAGGAGUUCAUCACAGAAUAAAACACAUCUCGUAUCGUUGAUGGCAUCAUUCACCAUAACUGAAGAAGAAAAGACCAAGAUUUCAUACAGCCAUGCCAUCCAUGCUUCAGGAUUCUUCAUUGCUUUUUUCAUUUCCUUUGUAUUGACAUGUGCUGUUUUUUUCAUUCUUUACCAAACCAAAGUAUUAAAAUGGAAUUUCCAUAGUAAAAACCAGGAGAUACAACAUGAACUCAGUCAAAAUCACAAACUGGAGCAUUCUCAGUUCAGUUCAGGUGAUCUCUUUAGUGAAGAUGUAAUUAUGAAUGACCAAGUCAUUGAUAUACUGACAUUUGAAGAAUCAAAGAAUAUGCUUCAGGCUUUAGAAGACUUGGAGGUUGCCAGCCUGACUCGGGCAGAUGCUGAUUUGGAGGCAUAUCGAAUGCAAAUAUGUAAAGAAGUGAUUGCUAUCAUGAUGAAGAACAUGGUCUUAAGUCACAGCCUCUUUCCUCAUGUGGAGAAGAGGAUGAGUUCAAUUUUUAAAAAACAGUUUCUAGCAAUGGAGAAGGAGAUACAGGAAGAAUAUGAAAGAAAGGUCGUGGCUUUCACAGCUGAAUGUAAUCUGGAAACUAGGAAGAAAAUGGAGGCUCAACGCCAAAAAGAGAGAGCUGCAAAUGAAGAAGCUGAAGAAUUAAUAAAGAAAGUGAAUGAAAAGCCUGCUGUUGAAUACAGAACUCUUCUGGAUAGACUUCACAGGCUGGAGCAGGACCACCUGAAGAGGUUCCUUCUGGUAAAGCAGGAGGAAUAUUUUGCAAAAGCUUAUAGACAGCUGGCUAUUUCCCAGAGAAAGGAGCUCCAUAACAUCUUUUUUACACAGAUAACAAAUGCUACCUUAAAGGGAGAACUGAAACUGGAAGCAGCUAAAACAUUAGUGCAAGAUUACUCUAAAAUACAGGGAGACAUUGAAGAGUUAAUGGAUUUUUUGCAAGCUAGCAAGAAAUACCAUUUGAAUAGAAGAUUUGCUUACAGAGAGUAUCUCAUAAGUAAGGUACAGUUAAUGGAUUCUCAAGCUUCUACUCUUAUAAAUGCAGCAGCAACCCAGAUAUCAGCUCUCAUUAAUAAGAUGGAAAGAGCAGGUCAUCUACCUGAAAGUCAUUUGGGACUUCUGCUGGAUCGAGCUGAGACUGAAAUUAAUUCUGUUAAGCAGAAAUUUGAUCAUGAUUUGAAACAAGAAAAGCAAAAGCUUCAUCAGAAACUCAUUAUCAAGCGAAGGCGGGAAAUGCUGCAAAAGCAGAAAGAGCAUCGAAAGGAGCAGCUGUCACUUGGGGACCCCUUCAAAACCACUAAGGAGGUCACUCACUACCUGAGCCACUGGAAAAAUCUUUUGAAUGAUCAUGCCAUUGAAUUUGAAGAACUUACUGAAAAGCUUGAUAAUGAGGCCAGUGAAGAGCUGAAAGACCUUAUAUUUAAUCUAGCAGAGAAAACUAUUGAAGAGCUUAAGCGUGUUCAGUAUGGAAUAUUUGUACAAGAACUGGUAAAGCUCAACGUGCCAAAGAUGUUCCUGCUGGAAGUUGUAGAAGAGCAUAAAAAAGAGAUCAUUAUUAAACGUGAACAACUUGAAAGGGAAGAACAUGAAAAGAGCAUGGUCGCUGAAGAGUUGCUGCAGCUCACAAGACAAAAACUAAGCCAAGAACUGGAAGCUAGGUUUUUGGAACAAAAAAAAAUAAGGAGUUGGGAACAAUCGGUAUUCAUGCAUCUUCUAAGUUUGCCCCUUUCACUAUCCGAAGAGGAAUUGCUUAAAAUGAGACAAGAGUUCCACUGCUGCUUUUCUCAGGUGGACAGCAGCUUGGCUCUGCCCAAGAUAAGAGCAAGAACUUUGCUUCAGGCUUUUGAGCUGGAGCAAAGGGAUGUGGAGCUGCUGAAAGUUGAUCAAAAUUUGGCAAUGACCAAUAAACAGCAGCAUUCUAAAAUGAAAAAAUCAGGAUCCAGGAGUAGAAAUAAAAUAGAUAUUCUGAAGAAAUCUUUACAGGACAAAAUUUUAAUUUAUGAAGACUCGGUGAAAGAUGAAAAUGUGAAUAAGGUUAAUUACGAGUUGCUGCUUGAGAAAGACUGUCAGCUGCGUGAUCUGGAAAAUAAACUUGGAGAGUAUAUUGCUUCUUUACAGUUUCAAAAGACUGUUAAAAAAAUCAAAAUGUUGGAGCUAUAUACUGCUAUCAUAAGUGUACAAGCUUUGCUCUUUGAACAACUAAGCAUGUCAAAAACCCUGUCAAAAUUGGAAUGUAUUCAGAUUUUGGAAACCCAUAAUCCAGAGAUUGAAGAACUUGACAGGAAGCUGGAGUAUGAAAUGUUGCAUAAGGAGUCAGCCCAGCAGCAACAACAUCUAAUGAAUAAGCAGAGGUGGACACCAGAUGGAUUGGGGCUUUCAAGUGAAGCUGUAGAAAUGAAUGCAGACAGACAGGUGACGGUUCUGCUAAGACAGGCCAUGAAUAAAUGCAACCAGUUUAUAAGUCUGCACCAGCAAAGCUUGAGAGAUGAGCAGUGGAAUUGCAUGGUGCUUGAAGAUCUCCUGGAAAAUAUAGAAAUGGAUGCAUUUUUGGCACUUUAUAGUCAGGAGCUCCGACUAGCAGGUUAUUUAGCCAAACUGACAAGGGUGCCAAUGGGAAUGUUGCACAGGAUUCUGAACUUGUUGCUGCCCUCCAGUUCACAAAGUGAGGUUCUUUCUGUCCUCGAUUCCAUCAAUAAAUACACAGAUGCUGUUGCUGAAGGUGACAGUGCUGCAGAUGAGCCUGGCAGCUGUAAAAAAAGGAAGAACCAAGAGAGGUGGCAAGCAUUGGAGAACAAAGUAAGGGAAGAUCUGAUAAACAUAAGUUUGGAAAGAAUCCCUUCUCUGAACAGGAGAGAAGACAGCUUGGUGAAGAAGAAGCAACUUGCCCUCCUGGAAGAAGCAUCAUUCAUUCGUCUUGGAUGUUUAUCUACGCGUUCUCCUAUGGAACAGUCUGGUCAAUACGUUUCUGUGAACACUGCAACUGCUGAAUCCAUAGAAGUAUUAGACACAGGGGAGAAGGUAUUUUUAUUCCGUGAGCAGAGAGAUCCAGUCCUUUCUUUUCAUAAUUCUCUAAGGAAAAAGAAAAAGAACUUCCUUAAUUCCAAAAAAGCUGCACAUGCAAGUAUGGAUUAAUGAGGGAAACUUCCAUUUGAAGAAUCAAUUAGGGAAGAGGAAGUUAAUUAAAAAUUAGAAAGAAUUGUUUUAAUAUCAAUUUUCAUCAAUUUUAUCAAUUUUUAAUAUCAAAGUGUUGUUUUAAUAUAAAUUUUCUGACAUUGUAAAUAGUUGUAGUUUUACAUUGUCGAACUUCACAAUGAGCGUUGUUCAUCUUUCAAUUCUUAUCAAUGCAUCUUUUAAUGGAUGGACCACUUAGUGAGUAAGGAAUUGGCUGGGUGGUCACACUCAAAGAGUUGAGGUCAACAGCUCAAUGUCCAGUUGAAGAUCAGUAACGAACAGUGUUCCUCACAAGUCAGUGCUGGGACAGGCACGGUUCAACAUCUUUGUUGGUGACGUGGACAGUGGGAUUGAGUGCACUCUCAGCAAGUUUGCCCAUAUCACCACACUGUGUUGUGCGGUCAUAAUGCUGGAGGGAAAGGAUGCCAUCCAGAGGGACUUUGACAGGUUUGAGAGGUGGGCCUGUACAAACCGCAAGACGUUCAACAAGGCCAGGUGUAAGGUCCUGCAUCUGGGCUGGGGCAACCCUAAGCACAAACACAGGCUGGGUGGAGAAUGGAUUGAGAACAGCCCUGAUGAGAUGAACCUGGAGGUGCUGGUUGAUGAGAAGCUCAACAUGAGCUGGCAACGUGUGCUUACAGACCAAAAAUCCAACUGUAUCCUGGGCUGCAUAAAAAGACGCAUGACCAGUACAUCAAGCGAGGUGAUUCUCCCCCUCUUCUCUUGUGAGACCCCACCUAGAGUACUGUGUUCAGCUCUGGGGUCCCCAGAAUAAAAAAGACAUGGAUGUAUUAAAACAAGCCCAGAGGAGGGCCAAGAAGAUGAUCAAAAGACUGAAGCACCUUUCCUGUGAAGAAAGGCUGAGAAAGUUGGGGUUGUUCAGCCUGGAAAGAAAAGGCUCCAGGGAGACCUUAUAGCGGCCUUCCAGUACUUAAAAAAGGCCUACAGAAAAGCUGGGGAAGGACUCUUAGU